GUUUGUCUCGUGGAAAAACAACCAAUAGACUGAGCACUGUUUCAGGUUCCCUGUCGAUUUUCCAGACAACCUUCCUUAGGCUAGUACACGGACUGACACGUACCCAACGGUUCACGUGUGUUGAAUAUCUCAUUGGGGUAGGGACAAGGAGGGGAAAUUGUACUAUUAGGGUGACAUCCCUGUCCAAAUAGUAUAUAUUUUUUUGCAUAACCGAGUUGGAAGCAUGGAAGCAGGGGCGUGCGACAAUGCUAAUGCAGGUGCUCCUUUCAUUGAGCAGUCCUCAGGACAGGGAGACUUGUCUGGGAGCAGUGAUGAGGGAGAAGGCACCAUGGACAAGGAGACAGUACCAGCAGCAGAGAGGGCAGUGGAGACUGAGAGCAUGAUGAAACGGCUGUUUGGGUUUGAGAAGGAGGACCUGUCCUCCUGGCAUCGCUUGGUGUGUCUCCUAAACCGCCCCACUGACCCGGCUUCUCUGGGCAUUUUCCGCUUCCUGUUUGGCAUGAUAAUGGCUAUAGACAUUACACAGGAGCGAGGCCUUAGCCACCUGGACUACAAGUACCUGGAUGGGGCUCCUGUGUGCCGCUUCCCUCUCUUCAGCUUCCUGCAGCCGCUGCCUCUUGAUUAUAUGUACCUGGUCUAUGUGGUGAUGCUCUUUGGUGCUGUAGGAAUCAUGUUGGGCUGUUUCUACCGCCUUUCCUGUCUCAUGUUCAUAUCCACGUACUGGUACAUCUUCUUUUUGGACAAAACAGCUUGGAACAACCACUCUUACCUCUACGGACUCAUUGGCUUCCAGCUCACAUUCAUGGACGCCAACAGAUACUGGUCAAUAGAUGGAUUACGUAAUCCCCAAAAAAAGAAUUCCCAAGUGCCACUUUGGAACUACACUCUUCUGAGGUUUCAGAUUUUUAUAGUAUACUUCAUUGCUGGAAUCAAGAAACUGGAUGCAGACUGGGUAGAGGGAUAUUCCAUGUCAUACUUGGCACACCAUUGGCUUUUUGACCCUUUCAGGAUGAUUCUGCCUAAUGAAAUGGUGAGUCUGCUGGUGGUCCAUGGAGGUGGUCUUUGUCUGGACCUGUCUGCCGGCUAUCUGCUGUUUUUCGAUGCCACGCGCCCUUUUGGCAUUUUCUUUGUCAGCUACUUCCACUGCAUGAACUCUCAACUCUUCAGCAUCGGUAUGUUUGCCUACACUAUGCUGGCCACGAGUCCUCUCUUCUGCUACCCUGACUGGCCCAGGCACUUUUUUGCCCGCUUCCCGGAGAUCCUCAGGCCCGUGCUGCCGCUCACAUCUCCUCCCCCACAGCCCAGCACCUCCUGUGUUUACCCAGUGACCCAGCACACAUCUACGGGACUACAGGACUUGUCCCCCGCCCCCAAGGCCUCCAAAACACGGUUUAAACACAAGCUGGCAACCCUGUUCACCAUUCUGUACCUGGCUGAACAGUUCUUCCUGCCUUACUCUCACUUCAUCACACAGGGCUAUAACAACUGGACCAAUGGCCUGUAUGGGUACUCCUGGGAUAUGAUGGUUCACUCCCGAUCCCACCAGCAUGUCAAGAUCACCUACAAAGAUGGAAAAACAGGAGAUGUCGGAUACCUCAACCCUGGGGUGUUCACUCAGAGUCGGCGGUGGAAGGACCAUGGGGACAUGCUGAAGCAGUAUGCCACCUGCCUGAGCCGCCACCUGCCUCACUACAACAUCUCUGAUCCAGAGAUUUACUUUGACAUCUGGGUGUCCAUCAAUGAACGCUUCCAACAACGUAUCUUUGACCCCCGUGUGAACAUUGUGAAGGCAGACUGGUCACCAUUCCGUCCAAAUCCCUGGCUCAUGCCUCUGCUGGUGGACCUCUCUCCCUGGAGGACCAAGUUCCAGGAGAUCGAGGGCUCGUUGGACAACCAGACAGAGAUAGUCUUCAUCGCAGACUUCCCAGGUCUCCUUCUAGAGAACUAUGUCAGUGAGGACCUGGGCAACACCAGUGUUCAGGUGCUGCAGGGCCAGCUGAAUGUUGAGAUAGUGGAUGAGAAAAAGAACUACACGCUCCAACCUGGAGAGCAGAAGCAGCUUCCUGCAGGGGCCUACCAUAAGGUGUACACAGUGUCUGAGGGGCCGUCCUGCUACAUGUACAUCUACGUCAACACCACAGAGGCAGCGCUACAGAGGAACUUCACUAAGCUGUUUGAACUGCAGGAGAGGGUCCGCAACGGAACAGAAACGGAACCCCUCCCUCCAGAGCUCCAGUCGCUCAUCACUGGAGAAAAUGAGGGGUCAGAAGCCAAUGUGAUGGAUCCCGUUGUUCAGCUAUUCCUACGGCGACAGCGGAGGAUGAAAGAAGUGAAGAAGCGCAGAGAAGCCAAUGUGUGCGAAAGGCUGAACCGGUUUACUGUGAAAAAGUACUACAUGUUGCGUCGAGCGUUCCUGAUGACAGCCAUUGCAAUGCGUAACCUGGCGGUGGGCCUCCCUCCUCUGGAGCAGCUGACCAGGGAAGUGGCCUUCGCGAACAUGAAGGAACCAGAGACUGAGGCCAGCCAGGACCUCAAGGAUGAAGUGGGCCACGAUGAGCUCUAGGAGUGUGUAAAAUCAUUUUUAUAUGAAUGUGCUUGAAUAACAGAAGGCGCUAGACUGUUACUAUACUAGGUACACCAACCCAGUAAUCAAACAAAGGAUUUUCAUUUGAAUGGUUUUGAACAUUUGGAAAUAUGAAAGAGAAAUGACUUUAAUUGUUUGGGGAGAGGUGGGGUAAAGGCUGCAUUGUAUUUGAAAAUAUGUUAUAAAAUAUGCAGGGGCAUGUUUCUGAUUGAUUUGUCUUAUGACUGAUCUUGCAGUUUAACUGAAAAUACAUUCCUAGGUUGUUCAAGAUCACAUUGUUCUUUUUGGUCUUAUUUUGAUAUUGCCAUAAGUAUUAUAAUUGAAAAUCCAACAUGCACCUUCACAAAAUGUAUGUUUUUUUUCUAUCCCUAACUUUAAUGAGGUCAUUUUUUUUUUAGACUGACUCCAGUUGUGAAAAGUGGUGAUCAACUUUAUAUGCUACAGGUAACUGCCAAAAUAAAGGAAACACCAUUUUAAAACCCCCUAAGGUCGAUGUCCGUGCCCCUGCUGAAAUCUAACUGGCAUAAUAAAACAUCUCCAUAAAAA